AUAGAUCACGUGAUCCUGUAAAAAUAAGGGAGAGCCCAGCCUUUAGCAGUUCCUUUGGAUAAUACAGCACAGUGACUGUUGAGAAAAGAAGAGGGUAUUUGAAUACUGAUCGCUGUGCUCCUGUUAUACGAGGAUCCUGUCAUUAGAGAGGCAAUGGCUUCAGGACCAUACAACUAUUCUUACAUAUUCAAGUACAUCAUCAUAGGUGAUAUGGGAGUAGGUAAAUCAUGUUUAUUACAUCAAUUUACUGAAAAGAAAUUUAUGGCGGAUUGUCCUCACACUAUUGGAGUCGAGUUUGGUACUAGAAUAGUGGAAGUGUCUGGUCAGAAAAUAAAGCUACAAAUAUGGGAUACAGCUGGACAAGAAAGAUUUAGAGCUGUUACUAGGAGCUAUUACAGAGGAGCAGCUGGUGCUUUAAUGGUGUAUGACAUAACAAGAAGAAGCACUUACAAUCAUUUAAGUAGCUGGCUAACUGAUGCCAGGAACCUCACUAAUCCAAACACUGUUAUAUUUCUUAUUGGUAAUAAAUCAGAUCUUGACGGACAGCGGGAUGUAACUUAUGAAGAAGCUAAAACGUUUGCAGAUGAAAAUGGGUUACUUUUCCUUGAAGCAAGUGCUAAAACUGGAGACAAUGUUGAAGAUGUGUUUAUUGAAACUGCAAAGAAGAUAUAUCAGAAUAUACAGGAUGGAAAUGUUGAUUUAAAUGCUGCAGAUACUGGAGUACAACUUAAGCCUUCAGCUAGUGGCGGUAGUGGAGAUAGAAAACCAACUGGCAAUCAGUCCAGUCAACAAAGUGGAGGGAAGGGUUGCUGUUGAAAUAUAUAUUUAAGUGUGACACUCAUUCCUUCUCUUUCUUUUAAUUAUAAUUAUUAUCAUUUUGUGCUGUACUAUUGUUCUUCUUUUGCGUAGUUAAUUUUCUUUUAUUAAUUUUUAUGAAUUAAAUUAAUGACUGACUGUAUGUGUGUUUAUGAAUGAAUAGUAGUAACAUUGGAUACUGCUGCUGUUGGAAAGAUUUUGUGAUGAAUGGAUGUGGUUAAUGU